AUGAUUGGUACUGCAAUUGAUAUUGAUGAGGCCGAUGUACUCGUGUAUACGCAGAGUCUUGAAAAAGCCAGUCGACUAACAACUGAGAUCAAUAAAUCGCUAAAGCAUAUUGCGCAAGUUUCAAGCCAUUCCAGUGACCUUUUUGCACCCAUUCUUUCGAGAAAUAAUGUCCUGUCAGUCCUGCAACGAAAUAUUGAGAGCACUUUGAAUUCUGUGGCUUCAGUAAAAGAUCUGGCAAACGAGGCCUCAAAACAUGAAAUGGUCCUGCAGAAAAGAAUCGGGCAGGUUGGUUUGAAACCGUAUAUCAAGGCAAUCCAUAGGUUGGAUGAUAUGUUGGACGACAUCAAGAACGGGAAUCGAGAGAAGAGAGCUGAUAAUGCGGAGUUUACUGGUAUUCUGACACAUCUUGCAGAGUUGAUCAAAACAAGCGAGACGAAUCUGAGAAUUUACCUUGUUGCGAUACUGAAUGUUAACAAGCCUUUUGAUCCACAGAUCAAUAUAAAUAAGAAGAUUCCUUUUCCUUAUUUCAACGAUCAGCAACUUGUUGAAAUGUCCCUCAUAUUAGAUUAUUUCCAUAAUUCUGGUGUGGGAGAAAACCAUAUACAUAUUGAGGACGUUUUUGUUCAAGAGAGAAGUGAAACAAUUUUAAAGUGUAUGGCAUUUUUAGAACCUUUUGCCAAGGAAAUAUCUGGAUCGGUCAACAAGCCGUAUGAAAAGGGUAGUAGUGGUAUGCUAAGUUAUACCGAGGCAUUGUUGGGUUUCAUAGCAAAUGAAAAGUCUUUAGUAGAAGAUUUGUAUGCUCAAGAGGAGGUCUUGAAAUCCAAUGUGUUACUAGGGAUUGUGAGGCUGUUAAUAAUCCCGUAUGUUAAAUUGGUGGAGUUGAAUUUGGAUCAUGUACGAAAAAAUCUGGAAAAUAACGGAAUUCUAAGUUUCGAACUGGCAGACUGUGUACAUAAUGUCACGAGGCUACUACGUGGCGGACCUUUAGAUAGCUAUCCUUCGUUACAGGAAUGCUCUCAAAAGAUCCAUUAUGUCACUCAAUCGUUAUUCAAAGACGCAAUUGUUCGAAUUGAUAAAAAAGUGAGUUCCAUGUCUUCUAUUCCAGCAGAUAAUGGCGUAACAGAGGCCACGGUGGACACCAUGUCACGUCUUAGAAAAUUUAGUGAGUACAAAACAGGGUGUAUCGGUGCAAUGGAAAGCAUCCAACGUGAAAACUGGCUUCCUAAAAAUCAUAAAGAAAAAGAGUAUACAUAUCAAAAUAACUAUAACUUGAAUAACCCACCAGAAUUGCUGUCCUGUUUCCUAAGUGAUUGUAUUGACUUGUUGAUUGUGGGUUUGGAGGCACGAGCACAGAUUUUGCUUAUGCCCAACCAGGAACCCGAUAUCGCCAAUCCAAAUAGCUCAAAAAAUACACAUAAACCUCGCAUAGGCUUUUUUAUCAUAAUGAACAUGACUUUGAUUGAUCAAAUCGUAGAUAAAUCGCGUUUACGUGAAUUGCUAGAUUCCAAUGGCCAGGCACGACUGCAGAAAUUGAAAAGGCGCUAUAUCAACUACCUUGUAUCAGAUUGGAGAGAACUUGCUUCCAAUUUGAUGGAUUCAGUCUUUGUGGACAGUGCAGGGAAAAUAUCUUCGAAGGACAAAGAUCAAAUUAAGGAAAAAUUCAAGAAAUUCAAUGAAGGCUUCGAAGAACUGAUUUCCAAAUACAAGAAGUUUAGACUUACGGAUCCUGAACUGAAAGCGACUUUGAAAUCCGAAAUUGUUUCUCUGGUCCUGCCCAUGUAUGAAAGGUUUUACAGGAGAUAUAAGGACUCUUUCAAAAAUCCAAGAAAACAUAUCAAGUAUCAACCGGAUGAAUUGACCGUUAUACUCAACCAACUAGGAAAAUGA